CAGGUGAUGCAGCAGCCCAGCCUUCGUGGAUUUCGGUAGAAGAUGCUGAGAAAUGGCUGUCUGGGACCUGGGGGGCAGCCUGCCGGGCCCAGCGGGAACUGGUGGACUGUCGUAAACUCUUCACGGCUUGGCUUUCAGAAAAACGUUGUUACAGAACCUUUUCUUUCUUUAACGUUAACCAGGUAAAAUGCAGUGAUUAAGGCACAAAACGCACAUCCGUGGAAUAGGGAACAUCAGGGCUCUGAAGAGUUGGACCAAAUCGGCUGCUCCGAAGGGGAUUUUCUCUCAUGCUUUCAGUGUCCGUUAACCUGCCUGAGCCUUGGACCCAUCAGAAAGUCGGAGUUAGAGUGCAGUCCGUGUCCCCAAAGGCCUCCCGCACAGGGUUUCAGAGAACUCACAGCAGCCCUGGUGAACCCUGUCCCCAGCUACGAGGUGCCGGCCUGGGUGAGGGGCUCGCCAGCCCGUCCGUCCCGUGAGCGUCUUCUCUGGGGCCCUGGCAGGUCGGACUCGCUAACAGGCUUCACCGCACACAGGAGGGAUAAGAACAGCAGGGGCGACGACUGGAGGUCGGCCUCUCCCCUCCUUCCUUCUCUGGCGUUUCUGACGGGUUUUAAUUUGAGGGGAGACCUACCUUCGGGGACCCGACACUGAGAGGAGCUCCUUCUGGAGCCUCCUUGGGCCGGGUCAGCCGUGAGCUCCCACCGGCUGCCCCUGCUUGGCCCGUUCACACUUCAUGAGCACGACAAGAAACAACCUCCUUUAAAAUCCGCCACCGCACGCUGAUAUAAACACAGCCCCUUAAAUUCGGCAGCCCCGGUUAGGAGGAGGUGAGCCCCAUGUGGAGUAGCACUUCCUUAUCUACAAGAAGUCCUGCCGUGAUGGAAAAAACGCUGGUGCACAUGUGGGAAGACUGAAAAUGGAAGUUGCAUUUCCUCUCAGAAAUGGGCCUUGGGUUGUGAGUCACGGGGACAAGGGAACCAAAAGCCAGGAGUUAGGGUUUAUUUCGAGUGUGCUGUAGAGCGUUUGUGUCCACCAGCUGACUGUCCCUUGGCACGGGGAUGUCCUGGGCCACACCUGCGCCUGCCGUCUGCAGACAGCCCCUGGGAAUGGGUCUUCUGCACCGCCUCAUAUGUGUCCCUCACUCUGUCCCCAAAAUAAUCGGCAGGAACAGAACAGAGCAGAUGGCACGGCCUUCGUUGGCAUUCCGGCAGAUCUGUAUCACUCGCUCAGUAUUUUUAGAACCAGGGGGACUGAAAAUCCUGCCCUGAGCCAUUUGGGGGGAAGACGCACCAUCUCUCCAGGGCGACACGUGUUGAAAUGUCACUGUAUUCAAGACUCGCAGGCGAUGGGGUCACCGGGACUGUCCGUCCGUUCUCUGGGAGGACUGUUGGGAGUUUGCCAGAAAAUACAGAAAAAGUAAUCAUGAGUCUUUUUAAAGAUGUGUCAAGAAGGUGCAGCAGGUUUCAACCAAAGAUUGGAAUCGGCAGCAGAUGGCCAGUGCCGAUCAAAUAUGGGCUGUGAGCCAUUGUAGGGAUCCACGUGGCUUAUUUUUAAAAAACUAGCUAAGCUUUAAUCCUCAGCCACAAAGAACUUACACUCUACCCUGUUAUUUUAACAGAAGUGUUUGAUUAUAUCAAGAUGGCAAUGCAGAUAGUUGUGUUCCAAGGUGCGUAUUUAUGGAAUUCGCAGUUAUGGUGACUGAAAUGCUGUAACUGUGAAUUUGUGCUCACCAUUAAAGACUUCCUGAAGAAAUUAACCUGCGUGCACCACCAUGUGAGUCAGUCCAACACUGGAGCACCGACAUUGCACUUGGCGUCGGGCUGUGCGUAUUUAACACGCAGGCCUAAAACUCAACAAGAAGGUCUCGGGGAAAGUCAUUCAUGAAGUAAGUGGGUAUAAAGGUGUUUGCGAGAUUUUACUUGUUUUGGGCCUUUGAGAGGAAGUUAGAUGGGGCAAGGAGUUGAAGGUGGCGGGAAGGUCUCACCUUCAAUAAAGCCGGGCCCCUCCCUCAGCUCACACCCGUCUGGAGGCUACGGCGAGGCCGGCACAGCUGCGGUGACGGGGGGGCCCUGGAUCUGGGGACGAAGUGGCUGCAAAGUUGCGUCGGGGAAGACAGCAUUCGGUGCCAAGGGUGGCCGGCUUCGUUACAGCUUCCCUCCCUUGGCACUCCUGUGUGUCGCCGAGUGAUCUGUCAAGAAACGAAGGGUGCAGCCUUUUCCCUGCUGCCUCCUGCGUCCCCUUCUGCGUGUGUGUGACUGUGGGCACCUGUCCUCCACGCUCCCGGCUCCGACCGUCCUCUGCAUGUGGAGAGAACGUGUCUUCCCCGUUGUGCCCUCGGCUGAGCUGGUGAGAACCACGUGCCAUGGCACGGCCUGUGGGUCCCACCUUGUAAGCCAGUGCUUCCAGACCCUGUGCACUUGUGUGGCGUUUGCGUAGGUUGCAGUGCACUUUUAGACCGGUUUUGCUUCAGAUGACUGUCACCAGCAGCACUUUGACAGAAAUUGGUGGGUCUCACUGGGACAGAAGCUGAAGCUCGGGGCACGGCCAGCCGGUGGAUGAGCUGGAGGCUGAACUAGGGUCUUCCCGUGUUCCUAAAGCCAGCGAUGGGUCUGCAUAAACCCCUCCCCGGUCCUGGGGAUCAGUCCCCCGCGGGGUCUGAGGGAAAGCCCGGCGUGUCCUGGGCUCCUGGCUAUGGCCAUCACCACAGGAAGCCUGGGAUGUUGCAGCCCCUCUCCUAAAGCGAGGCGUGGGGGUGACCUCACCGGGAGAGGCUGAAAGCCCUGUGCAGGGGGAUGGGUGGAAGCAGGUGGGAGUCAGCCCUCCCACCCCCCAGCCCCUGAAGUGACCACUGCCACAUCACGUGCAGCCACAAAUGGGAGGGGAGGGGAUGGCGACUUGGCGUCACGUGUCCCCGUCUGCAGCCGGCUGCGCAGGCUGUGACUCAGAGCAGUUUCCAGUGGGUGUGUUCACGACAAUGGACGUGAGCUGCAUGAGGACAGCAGCAAAGCUCGGCCACACAGGAUGGCGUCCCCAGAAGGAUGGACAUCUGAACACGGCCAGGUUGUGGGGGGGCCUCAAGGUAGUCUCCAGGUGUGCUCGGACCACGGGCAGGGGCUCAGGCCAAGCCAGGAGUCCCUCGGAGCCACCUGGCCUGGAGAAGCAGGGCCGAGUGUGGCACUGGCAUCCGCCAUCAGGUGGGAGGCUCAUGGCCGAGCUGCCGGCCGUGUCUCCUGCACACCCAUCAGGGUCAACACGGAGCCUUUAGGCCGGCUACGUCCACUUGGAAGGCUCCCAAGGAGGGUAGGAAGGCGGGAGGUGCCCCAUGCACCCCAGUGAACUCUGACUGGACCCUGGAGACACAUGAGAGGGGCGAAGAACCUCGAAAGCUCCCUGAACGUGUGCUGUAUGAUAGGCACGUGCACAGAGAUGCUCGAGCUUUCACCUCGGUAAAACCCCUGGCUACGGUCGCUUCCUGGGAUGGUUCCAAUCAGAAGGUAACUGAGAAGGCAAGUAAAAGGGAGCAUCUUAUAGACGCGCACCUCCGAGACCUGACAGUAAAGAGGGGCUGCAGGGAGCCCCUGUGCCGUGCCGUGCUGCCCAGUCCUCAGGCGCCCGACUAGCUGGCAGGGCCAGGGCAGGCUGGCUGGCGGAGAUGCUGCCCGCAGUGGGUGGCCUGCGGCAUGUGCCAGAGGCCCGUCUUCCCUGGACAUGCGGCUGUUCCCGUGCUGUCCUGGGCAGCUAGACCCCUUGCUGCUGUCUGCUGGAGAGUCCGGGCCAGGCCUGGCCAUGACGGGGUCCCAGGCAGGUGGUGUCGGGGCUGGGAGCCCAGCUCAUCGGAGCGAUCAGGGCCUGCCGUCUCCGUGGGGUUGUCCAUCCCCCCAAGGACCCCUCCCUGCAUCCUGUUGACCCCACAGCCCACCCCCUCAUCCUCGGGCGGCUCGUGCACGCUUGGGAAGGGCAAGUGGUGCCCAUGUGAGCAUACAUGUAAGCUUUUGGGUCUGGGUCCUUGCACUGGCCAAGCCUCCGCCAAGGGGUGACACUGAGCAGGAUCCCUGUGUGUGGGGGGUGCUCCCAGGCCAGCGGGCGGGUGGGGGGCCACCUGUGAUCGCUGACCAGCCCUGUCUCCCCUUCUCUCCGCAGGAGGCCGGUGCCCUGUGGCCCGGCGUCGUGAUGCCCGCACCCCUGCCGCCCUUGGAGCCUCGGCCAGGCCCCCACCCCAGAGCGUGGGCUGUGGAGGAGCAGGCAGCUCGCGGGCCCUGAGGGGCGUCGGGGGGAUGCGGCCCCUCACCCGGCCGCCCGCCCUGCCAGGGGCCCAGGCCCACCCGCCCGCCCACGAGUGAGCACCUCGCCCAUGGCCACCUUCCCCUGCCGGCUGUGCGGCCAGGCCUUCCUCACCCUGGAGAAGCUCACCGUGCACACCUACUCCCACGCCCGCGAGCGCCCCUACCAGUGCCUGCAGCCCGACUGCGGCAAGGCCUUCGUGUCCAGAUACAAGCUAAUGAGGCACAUGGCCACGCACUCGCCCCAGAAGUCGCACCAGUGCGCCCACUGCGAGAAAACCUUCAACCGCAAGGACCACCUCAAGAACCACCUGCAGACGCACGACCCCAACAAGAUGGCCUUCGGCUGCGCGCAGUGUGGGAAGAAGUACCACACGGCGCUGGGCUACAAGCGGCACCUGGCCCUGCACGCGGCCAGCGCCGGCGACCUCACCUGCGGUGUGUGCGCCCGCGAGCUGGGCACCCCCGAGGGGCUGCUGCACCACCUGAAGGCGCACGCCGAGGAGAAGGCGCGCGGCGGCGCCGCCAAGGAGAGGAAGCACCGGUGCGACCACUGCGAGCGUCGCUUCCACACCCGCAAGGAUGUGCGGCGCCACCUGGUUGUGCACACGGGCUGCAAGGACUUUCUGUGCCAGUUCUGCGCCCAGAGGUUCGGGCGCAAGGACCACCUGAUGCGGCACACCAAGAAGACGCACUCGCAGGAGCUUCUGCGCGAGGGGGCCCUGCAGGGCCCUCCCCUGGCCACCGGCCCCGCCGCCGGGCCCCUGCUGCCUCAGGGGGCCCCCGUCCCGCCCGGCCCGCUGCUGCCCGAGCCCCUGGCCCCCCAGCCGGCCCCGGGCCCCCCCCCACCAGCCUUCCAGAGCCCCAAGUACGAAGCCGGGUCUACCUCAUUCUCCCCCCUGGCCGGCCCGCCGCCCAAGGCGGAUGCUAAAGGGUUCGGCGCCAUUGGUUUGCUGGAGGAACUGCCUCUGCAGGAGGCUCCGCCGCCUCCCAAGCUCAUCCCGGGCUUUGAGUUGGCCAAGGGGGGUGCCGGCAAAGGGGCCGUGCCCAAGGAGCACCCCGUGGAUGCUGUGAACGUGAACGUGAACCUGCCCCUGCCCGCCACUCUGGACCUCUCGCCCCUCCUGGGCUUCUGGCAGCUGCCCCCACCCGCCGGCCCCGCUGCCUUCGGCGCCAGCGCCCUGCCCCUGGGGCCGGCCGAGCCCCUGCCGCACCGGCUGGGCUGUCUGGGGCAGCCGGAGCCGCCCCUGGCCUUGGGUGCCAUGGGCCUGGGUCAGCUCCCCCUGGCCCCCCUGCCCCCCGUGUUCCCCACAGGCCCAGGCCCGGCCAUCCUGCCUCAUUUCCACCACGCCUUCAGAUGACUCGGCCGGGGGAGCCCUCGCCCCGCGAGCUCGUCGGGCCCCCGGGGGGCUGCACUAUCGCUGCGUGCCUCCCAACGUCCCAGGGACGGCUGCUACACAGGUGCGGGUCACGGCGGGCUCAGUGCGGGCACGGAGGGGGCACUGCUGCGUCCAGUGACAGCAGCCUGUGCGGCACCUUCCGACCAGGCCAGCACUUCUGUUCAGGGAUUUCUCUACCUUCAGGGUUGGACGUAGCUUAGUUCUCACUCUUGCCAUAACCAACCUGUUGUCCUCUACAAACAACUUCUUGUGGAACAGUAGAUUUCUCCUUUUAAGAAAAGCAUUGUAAACUUAGUUUGAAUAUUUUCCACAAGAUGCUACAAUGUGAGUUAUCACUGACUUCAUUUAUCUUAAAGACUAAACUGUCAGUCUCAUCUGACAGAAAAAAAAAAAAAAAUAUAUAUAUAUAUAUCACUGUGUAACCAGGUUAAGUGAUAGAAUAAUCGCGGCGUCAGCCAAGGAAAGCAUUUUGCUGACUUUAAUAUUGAUUAUAUUUUUAACAGGAAUUUAAGAAAAUAUUACUGGAAUUUUAAAUAUAUAUAUAUAUUAAACAAGAAUUUUCUUUGCUCUAUCUGGCUUAUACUACUCUACUUAAGUUCCUCAAUAUUGUUUUUAAUCACCAAUAAAUAAAAGCAUUUUUAAUUCA